CACUCCUCCGGGCCGUCGAUCUCAUCCUCUCCCUCGAAACAGCUGAGUAUCAAAACAAAGAAGCGAGACGGACGGUCGGCGCUCCCGCUCGCCGGCCGGCCGGUGUCGCGACUCGCGCCGCACGCACGCCAGUUCUCGUCUGAACCGUGUCUAUUGAGGUCGUUCACUGCGAGCUAGCGCGUAAAGUUUGCUGCCGCGGAAGGAUUUUCCUUUGUCCCGAUCUUCGAGGACUUCGCCCUCGUAUUAUGUUUCCGCGCGAGAGCCGCAAUCAGCCUCGGCCCACUGAAGAGCCGAACCUCAUCAAGCGCAAGUCGCGUAGGAAUUCUAGCGAUAUUCCAAAAUUCUGUGACGGAUAUCCCGCGAAACGCGUUCGCCGGGCGAUUUGAAAUUUCUGUGUGAACUUGUGACAGAGAUCGGUGUGGACGAGCGGACCCCUGUUAGUGUGCGUGCAGAAAAGUCGCGCCGAGCCCUCAGGACCGGCAGCGCCAUGUCGACCGGCAAGCGACUCGCGAAGCGCUCCAUCAUCGGGACGCGGGUAGCCGCGCUCGCCGAGGACGGACUUUACUACUCUGGUAUGAUACAGGCAGUGAAGACGCCGGCGCCGUUUCCGGAAAACAACAACUGCAUAAACCUGACGCCGAACACUCGGUACACGGUGCGCUUUGACGGCGGAAAGAUGAGUCGUGAGUACCGCGACGCUGAGCUGAUCGGACCCGGCUUCCGCGGGUUGGUGGGCGUGCGGCUGCAGCCCGGCCAGCGUGUCUUCCUCACGCACAACGGCCGCGAGGUACGCGCCGACGUGGUCCGCCACGACUAUCAGACAGACGAGCUGCGUGUCCAGGUCCACUCUCCCACUUCUGAGGCGCCAAUCGAACUGAAGAAGAGACUGGAGGAGAUAAGACUGCUGGAGUCGCGCAAGUCGGCGCGGCUGGCGGACGUCGAUACGGACUUCGCGAGGCUGGCCGAUAUGGCCGGCGACCGCCGCCGCGCCUCCGCCAACAUUGAAGUGCCUACACACCACAUGCAGGGGUCUCGUAAACGGGGUCCGAGCAGUUCUUGCGACCAGGGCUAUGGCGAGCGCGACGACCAGAUGAACGAGUGCAAUGCUGCGCUCGUUCUCAUGUCUCUCAGUUGUUCACCUAACUCACCACGACCCAGUGCGUGGGGCGGGCGAUCGUCGGUUUCUCCCGGUGCUAGCAGCAGUUCAGGGUCUUCGUGGCGCAGUGGGACCCCCUCACCUCCACCUGUUUCGUCUUCAUUCAGCGAUGAAGGCAUCGCCAUGGACUACGAGGAGUUACAUCCUCGCAAGAAAAGGAUAAACAGCGUCGUUUUCGAAUGCACCUGGCGAGGCUGCGGGCACACCACCAACAGUUGUUCAUCAAUAGAAGCGCACAUAAGAAACACGCAUUUGGGGCCAAAGAAAGAGGGCGAGAGCGAUCACGAGGAGGAGUUCUACUAUACGGAGCGCGAGGUGUUGGCGCCGCCGCCUCCGCCCACGCUAUCCCACCGCGACAUGUGCCGCCCGCCGCACGAGGACCCCGACUACCAGCGUCAGCUAGUCGGCUCCUAUAGGCAAGGACUCCUUUCGACGAUGCACAACGGCUCCGCAAGGCCUAUAAGUAUUCCAGUAAGCCAUCCCUGGUCAUCAUCUCAUUCACCGAAGCACAUGCGCUUGUCGGGCAUGACCGGCUCGCCCGGCAGCCCGGGCCGGCGGCCGCGCUCCGACAACAAGAAGUGCCGCAAGGUGUAUGGCAUGGACCAGCGCGACCUCUGGUGUACGCAGUGCAAGUGGAAAAAGGCGUGUACGCGUUUCAACGAAUAACGCGCGCGCCGCCGCACGCAAACGCGUGCGCCAUCUCGCAUCACAAAUGACAUUUAAUAAAUUUGUUGUUCCCGAACUGUAAACGUGAAGAACCGCGUAAACAAUUCCGUGAGUGUUUGUGUGUCGUAAUUAAGCUUAAAUGAAGAUAUUAUUAAAAUGUUUUUUAUUAAAUGUAAGGAUAUACGGAGUAUAUACUAUAUAUUGUUUAUUAAUAAUAGGGGAGACAUAUUUUUUCUCUUUCGAUGUGACUCGUAUUUGACUGCAUUAUGGACAUUGCCCACGUAUUUUUAUAGAGCUGGUCACAGUUGCUUUUUUCGAGAGGCCGAAUUCCCGGCGAUAUCGACUAAAGACUGUGAACAUUAGAUUUAAGCUUUUAUAUCUAAGUUCAGACUGACAAAACAGUGUGAAAACUAUUGUUUGGUACCGAGGCGCUAUUACAAAUUUAUUUGCAUAAAUCUGUCCGAAUUAAGAAAAU